GUGGCGCAGCUGGGAGCGGGGAGGGGGCUGGGAAGCACACAAAAACAGCUUGCUAGAGGCGGGCGCGGCUCCACUACGCAUCUGGCAGGAAGGGUCUUCGGGUCAGUGGCUGGGCAGCUGCCCAGGGCCACGGUUUCUAGAGGGCAGUACGGUGGGGCGCGUUUUCUGCGGAGCCGUCCUGGUCUGGGUGGGAUCAGCUGGUGAAGGCAUACACCAGCCUAGCAACACCUCCUAAGCAACCAGAGAGAUCAGCAAAGAAAGAGAAGCCCAGGAAGAGAAAAGGUCUCUAAGGAGCCCUGUUUCUCCGACUUCUUUCAGGUGCUGGUGGAGACCCUUCCCAUGGUGGCAAGUAAAAAUUUAGAAAUGGCUUCUCCAGAACCCACGGCUCUUGUGCCCUUUACUAGAGAGUCUCUUGAACAGAUUAAACAGCAUAUUGCUAAAAAACGUGGUGAGGAACACAAAGAAAAUUUAAAGCCAAAUGUCGACUUGGAAGUUGGAAAAAUGCUUCCAUUUGUUUAUGGAACUCUUCCUCAAGAAAUUAUAUCAGAGCCCUUGGAAGAUGUAGAUCCAUACUACAAGAAUAAAAAGAUUUUCAUGAUUUUAAAUAAAAAGAGAACAAUCUUCAGAUUCAAUGCCACCUGGUGCACAUUGUCUCCUUUCAGUUCACUUAGAAAAACAGCUAUUAAGAUUUUGGUACAUCCAUUAUUUCGACUAUUCAUUUUAAUUAGCGUCCUCAUUGACUGUACAUUUAUGACCAUGACUACAUUGCCAAACUGGGGAUCAACAUUACAGACUACUUUGCUUGGAAUUUACACAUUUGAAAUAAUUAUAAAACUCUCUGCAAGAGGCAUGGGGGUAGGAUCUUUCUAUUUCUUUGGUGAUCCAUGGAACUGGCUUGAUUUCAUCAUAACUUUCAUUGAACUAGCAAUAUAUUCAUUUCAAGAAUUCUUUACAAUGUUUAUAAUUGUGAGAAAUUUGAGAAUUUUGAAAAUCAUUCCUUUAAACCAAGGUAUUAAGUCUUUUGUAAAGAUCCUGAUCAAAUGUGUGAGGAAACUUAGUGGUGUUAUUAUCUUAAAUCUGCUCUUUCUGCAAGUAUUUUCUAUAAUUGGGAUGGAAUUCUUCAUGGGUAAACUUACACAUAAAUGUUUUCGGUGGCCUAAAGAAAAUGAAACUGAAAGUCUGCACAAUAAAACUGGAAACCCAUUUUAUAUUCGAGAAACAAACAAUUUUUAUUACAUGGAGGGAGAAACGUCUGCUCUUCUUUGUGGUAACAGGUCAGAUGCAAGUCAGUGUCCUGAGGGAUAUGUGUGUGUCAGUGCUGGCAUGAAUCCUGACUUCGGAUAUACAAAUUUUGACAAUUUUGGGUGGGCCCUCCUUGCCCUAUUUCGUUUAAUGACACAAGAUUUCCCUGAAUCACUUUAUCAUCAGAUCCUUUAUGCUACUGGAAAGAUCUACAUGGUAUUUUUCAUCGUGGUAAGUUUUUGGUUUGCCUUUUAUUUGGCAAGUUUGUACUUAGGCAAAAUUGUUAAGGCCUAUGAAGAGGAAAAGCAGACAACUGCUGAAAAAGUGAAGACGUCUGGAACACUUCAUCAGACCAUGAAAGAUUGUCAAGAAGAAAAUGAAGCCUCUGAGACCAAGACCACGCAAAUAGAAAUGAAGAAAAGAUCACCAACUUCCAUGGCCACCUCUUUGGAUAUGAGUAGCAUGGAUGAUACUACUCUUCAACAUGAAAAGGAACUUAAAAAAUCCAGAAAAAGGUUGCCAUUGUGCUGGUAUAAAUUUGCCAAAACUUUCUUGAUCUGGGACUGUUCUCCUUGUUGGUUAAAAUUAAAAGAGUUUACCCAUAAGAUUAUAAUGAACCCAUUUACUGAUCUUUUCCUUGUCAUAUGUAUAAUUCUAAACAUAUAUUUUUUGGCCUUGGAACAUUAUCCAAUGAGUGGAGAAACCACCAGUCUACUCAGCAUUGGAAACCUGGUUUUUCUUGGUGUUUUCACAGCAGAAAUGGUUUUUAAAAUCAUUGCCAUGCAUCCAUAUGGGUAUUUCAAAGUUCACUGGAACAUUUUUGAUAGCCUUGUUGUGUUCCAUGGUUUAACAGAACUUUAUCUAGUAAAUAUUUAUGAUUUGACUUAUUUUCGAACAUUCAGGCUGUUACGAAUUUUCAAGGUGGGGAAAUAUUGGCCAACAUUUCAGAUCUUGAUGUGGACUCUUAAUAACUCAUUGGUGGCCUUGAAAGACUUGGUUCUCCUAUUACUUAUGUUCAUGUUCUUUUCUGCUGUGAUUGGCCUGAAGUUCUUUGGUUCUAGUUAUGAAAGUUAUAUCUGCAACAUAGAUGAAGACUGUCAACUCCCACGCUGGCACAUGAAUGACUUUUUCCACUCCUACCUGAAUGUAUUCCGAAUUGUUUGUGGAGAGUGGAUAGAGACUUUAUGGGAUUGCUUUAAGGUUGCAAACAUACCUUUUUGCCUUUCUUUUUACAUGAUGGUAAUUUUAAUUGGAAACUUAUUGCUACUUUACCUGUUUAUGGCAUUGGUGUGCUCAUUUAGUUCAUACAAGGCUGCAACAACUGAAGUCAAUGAUGAAACAAAAAAUCUCCAAAUUGCAAUGGCAAAGAUUAAGAAAGGAAUAAACUCUGUGCUGUCCAAAAUAUUAUGCAAAAAUCAAAAUGCUUCAAAGAAGAAAAUGGACAAUGUAAAUGAGGUAUAUGUUAAAGAGAAUAUUUCUGACCAUACACUUUCUGAAUUGAGCAACACCCAAUCUUUCCUCAAAGAUAAGGAAAAAGGCAGUGAUGCAGAGAAAAACACAAUGACUGAAAAUGAGAGUCAAUCACUUAUCCCCAGCCCUAGCAUCUCAGAAUCUGUACCAAUUGCUUCAGGAGAAUCUGAUAUAGAAAAUCUGGACAAUAAGGAGGUUCAAAGCAAGUCGGGUGAUGGAAGCAGCAAAGAGAAGGUAAAACAAACCAGCUCAUCAGAGUGCAGUACAGUUGAUAUAAUUCUCUCUGAAGAAGAAGAAAUACUCAAUGAGCAUGAGUUAGCAAAGCGUCUUAAAAAAGGAUAUGGACAACAAUCUUCAUCAGAUCAAAUCAAUAAAAAAACCAAGAAAGGAAAAAUUUGGCAGAAUAUAAGGAAAACCUGUUGCAAGAUAGUAGAAAAUAGCUUUUUUAAGUGUUUCAUUGGCAUUAUCACUCUGGUUAGCACAGGUACUCUGGCUUUGGAAGAUAUAUACAUUGAUCAGAGAAAGACCAUUAAAAUCUUACUAGAAUAUGCUGACAUGAUCUUCACUUACAUCUUCAUUUUGGAAAUGCUUCUGAAGUGGAUGGCAUAUGGCUUUAAAGCCUAUUUCAAAAAUGCGUGGUACAGACUCGACUUCCUGGUUGUUGUUGUCUUUUGUCUUAGCUUAAUAGGCAAAACUCGGGAAGACCUAAAGCCACUUGCUUCCAUUAAAUUUCUUCGAGCACUAAGAGUCCUAUCUCAGUUUGAAAAAAUGAAGGUGGUUGUGAGAGCUUUGCUGAAGACAGCUUUACCUACUUUGAAUGUGUUUUUGGUUUGCCUAAUGACUUGGCUAACUUUUAGCAUCAUGGGUGUUCAGUUAUUUGCUGGCAAGUUCUAUAAAUGCAUUGACCCAAAAAGUGGGAAAAUAUAUCCUUCAUCCAAAGUCAUGAAUAAAAGUGAAUGUGAAAGCCUCACGUAUAAUGAGUCAAUGUCAUGGAAGAAUGCAAAACUGAACUUUGAUAAUGUUGGGAAUGGUUUUCUUUCACUGCUUCAAGUAGCAACAUUUAAUGGAUGGCUUGACAUUAUGAAUUCAGCAGUUGAUUCCAUUGGUGUAAAUAUGCAGCCUAUCUUUGAAGUCAACUUGUAUAUGUAUUGUUACUUUAUCAUCUUCAUUAUUAUUGGAUUAUUUUUCCCUCUGAGUAUGCUGACUGGUGCUAUUGUUGCUAAUUUCAAUAAGCUUAAAAUAAAGCAGGAAGACUCAAAUAUCUUCAUAACAGUAGGACAGAAGAAACAAUACCGUUCACUGAAGAAGCUGAUUCAUGAAGACCCCGAAAAACUAGUACCCCGCCCACGGAACAAAUUCCGAGGAUUGAUCUUUGACUUAGUAACAAGUCAAGCUUUUAAUAUCAUCAUUAUGAUUCUUAUCUUUGUCUAUGCAAUAGUACCUAUGAUACAAAGUUAUAAACAGAGUACAAAGAUGGACCUUGCUGUACUGUGGAUUAACUUGGUUUUUAUUGUGUUAUACACUGGGGAGUGUGUGCUGAAGCUCAUUGCUUUCCAAUGCUACUAUUUCACUAGUAGAUGGAACGUUUUUGACUUUAUGGUGGUCAUUCUCUCUAUUAUAGAUGUGUUCUUGGUAGAAUACAACUCUGAGACCUAUAUAAUUUUGGAACUGAUACUUUUAUCACGGAUCAUCCACUUCCUGCGUCCUUCUAAAGGUCCACGGGUUUUAAAUGAGCUUCUGCAUCCUUUGAUACUAUCCCUCCCUGCAUUGUUGAACAUCAGUCUUCUCAUCUUCCUGGUCAUGUUUGUUUAUGCAAUUUUUGGAAUGUACAAUUUUGCUUAUGUUAAAAAGGAGGCUGGAAUUAAUGAUGUGUCCAACUUCGAGACCUUUGGCAGUAGUAUGCUCUGCCUUUUCCAAGUUACAAUAUUUGCUGGCUGGGAUGGGAUGCUCAAUGCAAUAUUCAACAGUAAAUGGUCUGACUGUGACCCUGACAAAAUAAAUCCAGGGACUCAAGUUAGAGGAGAUUGUGUUAACCCCUUGAUUGGUAUUAUUUAUUUUGUCAGCUACAUUCUUAUAUCAUGGUUGAUCAUUGUAAACAUGUACAUUGUUUUCCUAAUGGAGUUUUUAAAUAUUGAUUCUAAAAAAAAUGGCAAGACAUUGAGUGAAAGCGAUUUUAGGAGAUUCUUUCAAGUAUGGAAGAGAUAUGAUCCUGAUAGGACCCAGUACAUAGACUCCAGCAAGCUUUCAGACUUUGCAGCUGCUCUUGAUCCUCCUCUUUUUAUGGCAAAACCAAACAAGGGCCAGCUGGUUGCCAUGGAUCUUCCCAUGGCUGCUGGGGAUAGAAUUCAUUGCCUUGAUAUCUUACUUGCUUUGACAAAGCGAGUCGUGGGUCAAGAUGGGAGGAUGGAAAAAGUUCUUUCAGAUAUAGAAUCAGAGUUUAUGUUAGCCCACCCUUUUAAGAUCACAUAUGAGCCAAUUACAACGACUCUGAAACGGAAACAAGAGGCGGUCUCAGCAACCAUCAUUCAGCGUGCUUAUAAAAGUUACCGUCUGAGACAAAAUGACAAGAAUACAUCAGAUAUUCACAUGAUAGAUGAUGACAGGAAAGUUCCAAAUACCAAAGAAGAUGCUUUUUUUGACAAAAUUGAAGAAAAUACAACUAUUCAAAGUCAGAUUUAGUCCCAUUAUCAUACCUUCCUAUGUUCAGAGCUCCCACAAAUGUUAAAUCUUUAAAUCAGUAAUAAAAGCAACAUUAAGAAAGUAAAGAUAUUUAGUAAAAUGCUAACAAGACAUGGAAGUUAGACUUAUUUAUGACUCGGUGUCAAAUUCAUUUUUUAUUUUUUUAUACUUAGUCUAACCAAGACAUAAUCCCACCAAGACAACUCCUUAAUCUCUGCAAUGAGUCAGAGUAAAAAUUGUUUAUAGAAAAUGCAAUUCUUGCGUUUUCGGGCUUAGGUAGUUUGCUUUUCUGGAGGAUGAGAAAGGUGGAAAUAUUACAAAGGGGGCUUCCAUAUAUUCAAGUUAUCGGUAAUAAAAGUUAGUUACAAAUAAACAAGCAUUUUCCUAAUGUGAUACUAUGUUUAUAAAAAAAAAGUGUAAUGCUAUUAAGUCCUAACCUUGCUAAGAGAGAUGCCAACUGGCAAAGAAGAUGGGCAGUUAUUAAAAAGUAUCUGAGAUCAGUCACAGAGUCUCUUGGGCCAAUUCAAACCACGUCUGAAAAUACUAGAAUCUGUUUUGUUUUAUUUUCCUUGUUUAUAUCUUGGAACUAGUGCUGUUUAACUGUCUUGUGUUUCUGAUUUCACAACUCCUUGCCUUGUCUACACCUGUACAACAAUUCUUCAACAUAAAAAAAUUAAUGAAAAAUAAUUAUGCUCUACAUUUUACUCAUUCUUUUCUCAUUUACACAUUUUAUUUUAAAAAUAUUCAUUUACUACAAUUAUAUAAUGCAGAAUAUGUUAUAGAUUGAACUUUUAUCUAAUCAAAAAUUUGAUAUCGUUUAACCAUUUAGCCAAAUAUCUUAUUAAGUAUGUACGUUCAGGCAAAUGCAUGUCAUAGUAUGAUAUACAAGAGUCUACAGUUUAGUCUAAGGAUUUUCACAUUGACCUGAUUUCUGUUUGAGAAAUUGGCCAUUUAGUAUGUAUAUUCACUGUAUUCUAGGGCUCCACUGAGCAUCACCAGGAGUGACCCCUGAGCUCAGAGCCAGUAGAAAGCUUUAGCACUGCCACAUAGGGCCCCUAUGUCCACCCCAAAAGAAAAUUAUCACUUAAGGUUGAAGAGACCUGGGUUUGAUCUCUAUUAUCCCAUAUGGUCCCCCUGGGACCACCAGGAGUAAUUACUGAAUGCAGAAUCAGGAGUAACACCAGGCAUCACAGGUGUGGCAAAAAAAUAUAUUAAUUAAAAAAACCACUAAAACCGAGGGGCUGUGAAUUAGUUAAAAAUGUAAGCUUGUUCUUCUUGGUCUUUUAUAUCAUGAAUAUGUAUAAAUUACAUUUCAUUUUCUUGCUUAUCUUAUUAAGAGUUUAUUUGUUUUUAUCUCAUAUGCUUGCUUUGUAAUAUUUGCUAAUUUCAAGUUCUUAUAAAGUUUGAAAGUCCUAAAUAUUACUUUUCACUAUGGAAAUUGUUUUUAAAAGGUAGACCCAGUUUUUUUUUUUAAUUCUUUUAUAAAGUACAGUCACUUACCCAAGUAGCUUGAAAUUCUGGUGUUUAUUCAUCUGUAUAAUGAUUUAUUUUAAUGUGCCUACAAAACCCUAAAUUUUUCAGAAAAAAAAUUGUACACUGUUGGCUUUAAUGACAGCUUUAAAUAUGUUGUAUGGUAUUCAUUGUCACUUACAGUACUUGUAUUUUAUUAUGAAUGCAUGAUACUGAGCCUUAACUAUUAUAAUCUAACAAUUUCUGCUCUUCAGAAAUUUAUUUACUUGACCAAGAUGCCUUUGGGGAAUUCCCUAAGAAAAUUUUAAUUCCAAAUUUUAUUUCUACAAGUGUUCCUUCCCUUUCUCCUCCAAGUCUCCAUUAAACAAUGUGGACCAGUGAGGAAUCAGUGUUAACUUGGUGAUGUGGCAACAGUUGGUGCUUUAUUGAAGCUUCUGGUUUUCUAUUUCUUGUAAAUGCUUUAAUGUGGAAACUGCUUCAGAUAUUUAAACUGAUUAAUAAUUUGCUUCUGUAAAUUCAAUAAAGGCCAUAAACAGAUUUCAGUUGGAAAUUAUAGCUUUUACUUAUAAACAUUAUUUGCAAACACAUCCAAAUAUUGUGUAAAGAAUUAUUUUUAACAGUCUUACAAUAUAUUAUAGUUUUUAGAUACUAUAGAGAAAAAUAAAUAUAACGUAUUGACCACU